AUGCAGAACUCCUCAGCGCUGUUCGGGAUGGUCAGCCACUGUCAGACCCCAACUUUCACGGACUUCACCGGCGUGGCGCUCUCCGUGUACGGCAACAAGGCGGACAUCUGCGCGCGGCGAGCCGGGAACGGCGGUUUUGGAUCUCAGAUUUGCCGGAGCCCCCAUGACACCCCAACUCACAUGAACUGCGCCAGCCCGAAGCGACUCAGCGCGCCCGAGCAAAAAGCGCAUCCGUCAGCCAAAACUCCGCGUACGUGCUUCUCUCUCCCACCCAUGCAAGUGAAUGGUGCCUAUUGCUCAGAGAAAAAUGUGGACGCUGAGCUGGGCGAUGCUGAGGGCACCCUGAUGCGAUGUGGGCAGAGCCUGCCACCGCCGGUGGGGGGUCAUUCAGGGGGGCUUUACCCCCAGAGCCUCCACUGCGACAGACCUACCCCCAACCUCCUUCUGCAGGACGGCCUUCACCAAGACACCAGAUCCUCCUCUGCCUUCCAGAGGACCCUGCCGGGGGCCUCCCCUGGCCUGGGCUGCGGCAGUGCCAGCGGGGCUCGCUCCUCUCUCCCUUACCAAAUCAAACAGGAGAACUCGAUGGGCUAUAAAAUCUCCAGUACAGGGUCAGAGGUCCAUAGCACGUGUCAGGCCGGGUUUCAGAACUGUAGAGCAGGCCAAGUUUUGGGGGUGCCAAGGGACGAAACAGUUGGAGCCCCGCAUGUUAGCAGCAACAGUAGUGGCGUAUGCACAGCAGGUGGAGUAGGUGGUGCUGUGUCAAGGGACGCAGUGCAACCGUUUAAUAAUGAAGAUGGCUCCUCCCCGCUGGCUUUGUCCCCAACUGGCUCCCGUCAUUCAGCGCGGCUGCUCAGUGCUAGCAGUCUGAAGAGACGCUGCCCGUCCCUGGCCUCGCAGUCCACUGCCGCUGCUGGCACAGGCAGCGUUGCUGCCACAGGUUCCCCAUCAGCUACUGGCGCUACUUCCGAGGAGAUCAAUAUCACCGCCAUCAUUUGCUCCUCCUCCCAGAUGUCGAUGGUGGCCUGUGUCAACGGGUUUCGCGCUAAUCUCUCACCCAGCCACAACACCAGUGCCGGCUUCUCCUCCUCUUCCUCCUCCUCUUCUACGUCCCCACCCUCUAACUCCUGCUCACGGGAAGCCCUCCACAGGCCCCCACCUCACGGCAGCCCCCAGCAAGCUACAGUACAGGAGAGCUGUAAGCUGUCCUCACCUGCCACCUGCCUGCUGUCCCAUUCCUCCUCCUCCUCCACAUCCUCCUCGUCAGUGUCAUCAGUGGAGCCGGAGCAGGGCCAGGGGCCGAGCCAGGGGCUGUGUGAGGAGCAGGGCUCCAUGCUGCAGGGGCGUGGGGCUGGAGGAAUAGCCGGGAGAGGAGUGGGAGGAGGAGGAGGAGGAGGAGGAGGCUCAGACGGGUUGGGGCUACUGAUGAGUGGGGCCCUGAUGUCUGGGACACUACAUUCGGGGCCUGAAACUGGGGCUCUCCUGGACGGGAGCCAAAGAUCAGGGGCUGCCCUCAAGCAGGAGCCCCUGGAUGACUUCUCUCCCAGUGAAGACGAACUCUUUCAGCACCACUAUCAUCAUCACCAUCACUUGAGUGGUCGUAGUGGGCACCUUCGUCACCCUCACCAUCCCCCUCGACCUGCCAUGCCUCCACCCUACCACCUGCACCAGUAUGUGGGGCCCAACCCUGGGGGCCUACUGCACCACCAGAGCCCGCAAACAGCACCAGCAUCUUCCCUGGGACACAAACAGACCUCUGGAGGCCCUCCUGGGUCCCACACAGCCCCAGAGCAGGAAGAAAUCAUUGGAGGAGCACUGGGUGAUAAGCAGGUCUGUCGCUGGAUUGACUGCAGUGCUGCGUAUGAGCAGCAGGAGGAGCUUGUGAGGCACAUUGAGAAGGUCCACAUCGACCAGCGCAAAGGUGAGGACUUCACCUGUUUCUGGGCUGGCUGUAUUCGCCGCUACAAGCCCUUCAACGCGCGCUACAAGCUGCUCAUUCACAUGAGGGUCCACUCCGGAGAGAAACCUAACAAGUGUAUGUUCGAGGGCUGUAACAAAGCUUUUUCACGUCUGGAGAACCUGAAGAUCCACCUGAGGAGCCACACAGGAGAGAAGCCGUACCUGUGCCAGCACCCUGGCUGCCAGAAGGCUUUCAGCAACUCCAGCGACCGCGCCAAGCAUCAGCGCACUCACCUGGACACGAAACCAUAUGCAUGUCAGAUCCCCGGCUGUACCAAGCGUUACACAGAUCCCAGCUCCUUACGCAAACAUGUCAAGAUCCACUCAGCCAAAGAGCAACAGGUGCGUAGAAAGCUGCGGCCCUGCCCUCACCUGGAGCAAGAUGUCCUGAGUGACUGUUUGUCCAUGCAGCACCUCCAGAGCUCCACCUCCUCGCAGCAUCUCUACAACGGCAAAGAUGGUCGUUCUCCUGGACUGGGCCAAGACAUCUUCACAGGCCUGUACAUUGGCUCCAGCACCCCCCAUCACAGUGCCUCAGUGGAGCUCCUCUCCCCUACCCCCAACCCUGUCUCCGCCACUGACCUGCCCUCCCGACAACACCGACUAGAUCGGGACCUCGGCAGCCCUCAUCACCUGUCCCCGUUGACUGCCAUGGACGGCACGAGAGACGGGGUGUCGGGUCCCCUCCUGUCUCCUGGGAUGAAGGGAACGGGGACGCCUCCUCCUCCUCCUCCUCCACCACCUCCUCCUCUCGAGAAACAGUUGAAUGUUCACCCUCACCAAAAACCCUACUCUCACUAUCACCAUCAUCAGUCUGCCAAUGACGAAUACCAAGGCAGCUUUCAGAGCUGCUUCCAUUUCGGAGACUCCUACAGGAUGGAGCAGACAGUCAGCGGCGUCCAUGUCCCAGGAGAUUCUCACGCCUACGCUUCCCAUCAGCACAAUGGCUUCCACAUGUCGACUAGCAACACUGGCUCUGCAGGCUUCAGCUUGACCCAGGAGCUGCAAGGAAACGCAGGGUGUCAGUUCUCUUCAAGCCCAGAGGAGAGCAUUUUCUUCCAGGUGGGCAGCUUCGACCGCAGCCUGAGCCACAUGUCCUCUGUCUACACAGAGACAUAGAGCAACACUGGAGCAGGGCACGCUUCACCACACCCACUCUACUACUCCUUCCACAUCCACCUUCACACACUGGGAUCACUUCUUCUCUCGUUCGUUUCCUCUUUUCAACAACAAAAUGUAGGUCACACAGUGAAUCGGAAUCAUUUAUAGUUUCUUCUGACAUAUUUAGGAGUCAGAUGGAAACAAAAAAAAGUUUUGAAGUUGCCUGUCUAGUCACACCUGUCUCAUAGAGUUUUAUAGUAGGUAUGAAUCCCAGCCUUUAUGGCUUGUGAACCCUUUAAACAAAAAUCUCUUGUCACCAGUAUAAACAAAAAGUGAGUUUCCCUGGUCUUAUGUGAAGUAAAAAAAAAAAAAUUAAUUUGGUAAAAAAUUCAGAAAUUCAUGAGAAAAACACAAAAAUAACUAUUCAUAAGAAAAUAAGCAAAGAUUUGAGGAAGGUUUGAGAAAAUAAUUUGAUGCGUUUUCUGAUUCUGUUAAAGGGACAAUCCACUGAUUUUUUUUUUUUUUGUUUACACAAUAAGAUUAGUGGAGUACUGAUCAGCAUGUAAAACACAUGCACACAGUCAUCAGAGUUAUAAGGAAUUGGGCUUGAGACAGAUUUAGAACAGAAAGCUUCUGUUAUGAACUUGGGAUGUAUAGUUCUAAAUAUGUGGCCAUUUACCCUAUGGGAAGGAUCCUCCCAAAAACGCUCUGAAGUUGCAGUAUGAGAACUGUAGGAUCAGGUAUACCCAUAAAAGUCAGGAUAUCUCAACCUCUGUUGGGACGAUUUUUUUUCCAUUCUGUUUUUACUUUUUUACUCUUGCAAGUCCCCCCCAACGUAAUAAACGUACAAUGCUAAAUCACUUUAAUUAUUCUGAGAUCUUUCAGAUUGGUCUUGUGAUCCCAUGUGGGGACCGGACACCCAGGCUGGGAACCGCUGGGUUAGAAAGAUUUUAAAUAUGCAAGAAGGAAGACUUUUGAAAAAAAAAACAUUUAUUAUUUUAUCUGGUUCUGGCUGAUAUAACUUUCACUCAUUUUAAAUGAAGGAAUGAUGCAAAUCAAAGAAAUUACAUGAAAGUCUCCUUUUCUUAUUAGUGAAGAUGAAAAUGACUUUUUAAAACAUCUUCCAAUCAGUGUUAGUGAGCGAAAUAAAUUUCCUUCUUUGAUUCAGAAUCACAGUUAUUGGCCAAGAACUCAUCAUGUACAGAGAAUCUGA